AUGACAACGGAAGGUGCUCAAGGAGGUGGCAUCAAACGAUGCAAAACUAGAAGGGCAGUAAAUACCUAUCAAUGUGCGAGGGUACAAAAGUCUGCUUUCAGCUCAGCGCUAUGGCGAUCCUCUGCAGGGAUGAAACCUGAGGAUGCGAAUGCGUUAUCAAAAACUCCUCCGGCGGCAUCUUCGGAACCUCCACAUGUCGAGAGAAAUAUUUCGGCAGGAGCUGGCAGGAGGCGCCGCGGCUUCCCAGCUGAAGUCACAGAGCUUGCGAUUGAGAAAGUGCAACUCGGAGAAGCUAUCUUCACGCACACAGGGAAAUUUCCGAAAUCAGUUGGCCACACUGCUUGA